AUGACAAGGGCGAUUAAUCUAAAAUUAUAAGAUAAGUUGAUUCUCAUAGAAAUGGCAAAUGAAGCUACUCUGAGUGAUCUUUACAAAAGAGUAAUAAUUCAAUUUAAGACAUAGAUCAAAGAGCAUCCUCUCACUCCAAAUCCAAAUUAACUGAUUGGACUCAAAACUGUAUCAGGAGCCUUGACUUUAGAUUAUAUUCUCUCAAGACCUGAAGAUAGGAGUUUGUUACAAUUAAAUAAAUUGAAGUAGAAUGAGUGGUUGGUAGGAAUUUAUAAGUAAUAAACAGGAUAGUUAAGUUUGAAAGAUUUUGUAUUUGAAAAAUGCAUAGGAAAAGGAGGAACCUCAGAAGUAUAUUUGAUAAGACAUAAAGGAAAUGCAAGACUGUACGCACUCAAAAUGAUAAAAAAGCAUUACAUUACAGAUUGCAGACGUUUAGAAUAGGUAUUGAGAGAAAAGAAAAUAUUAUCCAAUGUAUUAAAUUAAAGUCCAUUUAUUGUACCAUUGUAUGCAACAUUUGCCACUCGAGAACACUUGUGCUUCUUGAUGGAAUACAGUCCAGGAGGGGAGAUGUUCUUCCACCUCUAAAAUUAUAGAUUUACAGAGGAAGAAGCCAAGAAGUACUUUUGUGAAGUGAUUUGCACAUUGGAAGAGUUACAUAAACAUAAAGUGCUCUAUCGAGAUUUAAAGCCAGAGAAUAUCUUAAUUGAUAUUCGAGGUCACAUUUAAUUGACAGAUUUCGGUCUAUCAAAGUUGGAUUUGAUGAAUGAAGAUGUUACACACAGUUUUUGUGGUUCUCCUGAGUACAUGCCUCCAGAAAUAGUCAGUCGUUAAGGAUAUUCAUACCCAGCAGACUUUUACACCUUGGGUUGUCUCUUACAUGAGUUGUUAUUAGGAUUACCACCACAUUAUUCUUAAAACACUGAAGAGAUCUUUUAGAAGAUAAUUAAUGAGGAGUUGGAGUUACCAGAUGACCUUACAGAAGAAGUAACUGAACUAUUAAUAGAUCUAUUGGAAAAGGAUGUCAAUAAGCGAAUCAAGGACUUCAAAGUGUUGAAAAAGUAUCAAUGGUUAAGUGAUGUGAAUUGGGAAAUUAUCAAAAACAAACAAUUAGAAAUGCCUAUUGAAAUAGAUAUAUAUGAAACUCAUAUUCAUGGAGAAUUCUUAAAGGUGGAUGUUGCUGAAUUUAAUUAAAAAAACGAAACUGGUGAUUUGAAACCUUAAGAUGAUUUGUUCGAGUUCUUUCAUUACAUUAAUCCUAUGUAUUAGGAUUAAUUCUUGUUAGAAUCAAAAUAAUAGAAUGUCAAAAACAGAGCUUCAAGUGAUAUGAUAAUUGAGAAGAAAUAAAAAUUAGGACUAAAUGACAGAUAGUCGAAUGUCAAUCCAACUCAAUUAAAGAAGUGCAAUUCUAUCAAAUAAUCUUUGAAGUCUGCUAGUUCUCCAAGAAUAAGUAAUUAAUUAUUUAGUACUGGCCAUCAUAGUACUCAAAAUUCGCCCAAGAAACAGCUACAACUCAAUUUAUAAGAUAUUGACAACCAAUUAAACAUGAAAACGCCAAAAUAACCCAAAUCCCUAGCUGGAACAACUCCAACAGCUGCAACUUUGGCACUGCUGAGAAAGAGUUUCUAGACUCUAUUGAAGAAGGCUCCAUAAUUAAGGAAUCAAGAUAAUAAUCCCACUUUAAGAACUCUGUUAUCAGAAAGGUCUUUAAUGGAUAGGAAUUAUGUUAAUCAUAUUAAUUAUAAUUAGAUUUAAAAAAUAUUACAAUUAUAACAUAGCAGUCCCACCAAUAGAGAAUUGUCAUAGAGGCCACCUCAAUAAUUGUAAAAAAGAAUUUCAAGCACUUCCACCCAUCUUAAAUCCUAGUUAUCAUAGUUAUCACUCUUUACUUUAUCUUCAUAAAUUACUUAAAGGGGCAGUACCUCACAUAGACCAAAACUCAAAUAAUGA